ACCAGUUUCCUCCCUCCCCACACGAACACAAUGGGUCUCGCCGACUUCUUCUCCGACGUCAUCUCCUCCUUCGGCUUCCCCGAGGCUCAGGCUGAGGCUCCCGCCGAGUCCGUCGAGGAGACCAGCAGCCAGGAGGCUGAGUCUUCCGAGGAGAAGCCCGCUGAGGAGGCUGCUGCUUCCAGCGAAGAGUCCACCGAGGAGUCCGCCGAGGAGACCCCCGCCGAGGAGUCUUCCGAGGAGGAGGAGCCCCAGGAGGAGGAAGAGGAGGAGGAAGAAGAAGAGGAGGAAGAGGAGGAGGAGCCCGAGGACAUCAAGCCCAAGCUCGAGGAGGAGUGCGCCAAGUCCGCCCAGUGCGCCCCCUACAAGCACCACUUCGAUGAGUGCAUCGAGCGCGUAACCAAGCAGGAGGAGGAUGAGGACUACAAGGGUCCCAAGGAGGACUGCGUUGAGGAGUUCUUCCACCUCACGCACUGCGCUACCCAGUGCGCCGCCCCCAAGCUCUGGAAGCAGCUCGCCUAAACGGGCUACGCCUUGCGCACGCAACGAUUCGCCCCUCUUUUCCCUCCGCCGCGCGAUGUGUCUUUUCAAAAUUGUCAUGACCACCGCUAAGCUCAGUCUCGAUUGUAUAACAACGACGGAAUGAAACCCUCGCGCGGGGACGAAAUAGGGGAAGACCGAUCGCGUACCCGAGAAAGACAACCGUUUCCGUUUCAGGUUCAGAGUGUUGUAUGAUGGCUUUGAUUUUUGUUGUUGCAGGGUGAGGGAAAAAAAUUGUGUCUGUCAACCCUGCCACUGAAACGACAGGGUUUGGAGAUACUUAUUGGUUUUUUUUUUCAUCUGCUACAUGGAUAGAUGAACACGAAUAGAAGGGGGAGAAACCUACCUCUUUUCCUGUUCUUUUCGUCUGAUUGUGA